UCUCACUUUCACUCCUGCUGCUCGUCCACGCCGCGGUCAGCGACGAUGCGGUGGAUGUUGAAAGCGCUGCCGACAUGACUGCACCUCUGUGAUUCACCACCCACGCAUGCAUCCACGCCGGACUUCGAGCACUUCCAUCGCUACAUAAGCUUCUCUGCAAGCGCACGCGAGACCCGCCAUGACCACCAAGUCCACGUCGAGGCACCAACGACCCGUCACAGUCUUUCCUGCCGUGUCAACUCAUGACCCUCCGCCUCGGCGCCAGAGCGUCGCCAUGAAGCCCUCGCCGCCUUCUCGUACUCACACCCACGCUCCCACUGCCAACCUGACCACCAGCGUCCCACUGCUGAGCCCCACCGAGAAAUACCUCAAAAGCUCCCUACACGCCAAAGCAAAGCACGGCAAAGAACGUAUGAGUUAUGCCGAGCUGUCGACGAGAGAAGUUGAGCAGUAUGCGCAGGCGCCGAUCGCGAGCGGGAGCAGCAUCACGCCUGACAUCGACGUCCGAGCUGGGAAAAGACGUCGACUUAGUGUCAGCAGAUAUGAGGAUGCCUGGCAGAGCGAAGAGGAUGCCCGUCUGCUCAAUAAGGCAUUCCGUAACGCCGAGGACAAUCUCGUCGUCAAAGACGCCCAGAUUGCAGCCCUGCGGCAAGAACUACUGCAUGCGCAGACCUCACAUCACCGGAAAGAAUCCGAGUUGCGACAGGAUCUGCUUUUCCUGCACAUCAUGGCUCAGCAGCGCGCCACUCGCGACCACGAGAAGGAGAAGAUUGGCCUACACCGCUUGGUCGCGUUCCUCCGAGUCGAUCACGAAAAGCAAACCGAAACAUUGAAAGAGCAGCAUCGCAGCGAACUGGAGAGCGAGCGGACACGGCAUCAACAAGCUCUAGCACAAGCUCUCAAGGAGAAGCAGCAUGCCGUCGAUCGCUCGCAUUCGGCCUAUCUGCAAGUCCAAAACAUGCACACCGUCAUGGAACACGCCAAUGCCGUAGCUAAGACCUUCGAAAGUGAUCUGGACGACUUGCGCCGACUAGAUAUCGAGGAGGCAGAGCAGCGGGAGAAGGACCGGCGGGGACUUCCGCCAUCAUAUGACUCUAUCUCAGCCAUCGACAAAUAUAUCUCUCCGUACGGCGCCAAUCGAAAUCGUGACAACGGGACACUAGACCUAGACAACAUUGAAACGACCAUCACCUCCAACUUCAUGCGCGAUCUCCGAGCGGCGAAUCGAACAUCUCUAGCAUUGCGUGAGCACGAAGAACGCUCACGCGCUUGUGGCGCAGGUUCCAUGCUGUUUCACAGUGCUAUGCUGGCCUUUGCAACUGCAUGUCAACAUCUUCGAUCUCUGCUUGAGAACGCAAUCGAAAGUCAUUUAGAGCCGAACAAAUCCUGUGGCAUCGUGGACAACAACGAAGGACCGCCGCGACAGUCAAGCAGAUCUGCGGAAUUUGACGUAAAUUCUCCCGUCUUCAAGCUCCCGACCCUUGCAGAGCUCGGUAUUCCUGUACAUCUGGGCCCUGCCCCGGCAUCGAGCGACACACGAACGGUCGAGCAUCCCAUUGACUUGUUCCGCCGGGCGCCGGCAGCGCCUAUUCCGAGCAUCAACGAGAUGACGCCCUUGCCAGGAGUGGACGCCAUCAUCGCUGUAACGGAUCGUAUCUCAAACACGAUCUUCGACCUGUGCACACAUGUCUUCGCCGCCCUUGACGUGAGAGAAUACUGCUCGGAGAAGUUGUGCAACAAUAAAUGCAUUCGGUUGGGUCAAUGGCUUCGCCUAGCUGAUGACACUCUCCUACAGUGCCUUAAGCGAAGGCUAGAGGCAACCGCAGUGGAGGAUGUCUUCUUGAAGCAAGUGGAUCAAUCGUUGACGUGCGAAAAGUGCAAGUCGGACCACUGCGGAGGCUACUGCUUACGCCUACAUAUGCUCAGCUACAACAUCACUCGGCUGAAGUCGAUCCGGCGUACUCUUGACAAGGUCUCCAGCUCUACUCGUGCUGGUGUAUACUUCAACGACACGAUGAAUUGGCUCAGGGACAAUCUGGAAAAGGAACGUGAGCUGUCGGCCAAAGCCGCUCUACCUCCAGGGCGGCAGGUCACGCCUGUCAUGACCGAUGAAGAAAUGGCACUUGCAAUGCAGUAUUCGGUAUUGGACGCGACGCAAGCUGCAGCUCAGCGAGCGAUCCAAAGAGAGGACCCACCAGAUGAGGUUGCGCGGCGGCUACAAGCCGUUCGCGAUUUGCACUUUCCAGGACCACGCUACAGAAUCGUGUCUGCGAUAGACGGAACGUCCUCCACGCCUUCGUCUCCUGCUGGCGAAAGUGAUUCUGGUCAAAGACACGCAAGUGCGGGUCAAAGCAAUGAUCGGAUUGAGACUUUCGUGAACAGAGCGCACAGGCAUGCUGAGCCACCUGGUGUGUCGAGUUCUGGUACACGCACUAGUUCGAGCCUCGCCGGUGACCGAAGCGCAUUGCUGUUCCAUGAUGGAUCACCCAGACCUUCGGCGUCUGGCGUGCAGACUAGGGCUCAGCAUCGAAUGGCUGCGAGGAUGAGGCAGCAGUCUGAUUACUUGCAGGAUGAUGACGUCUGA